GAACGAAUUCCAAUCACUUCCUCUUCUCUACGUUCUCUACACAUAUGAGCAAUCAUCACAUCGAUAACAUAUUGACAAAAAAUCACAAAUCAAAAUAAAAAAAAAUUGAAUUUAUUAACCGAUUGCCUACCAUAAUACGCAGCUAUGACUUCAAGGAAUUUAACCGAAGUGUUUGUGAUAAUGCGAAACAAUGCACAACAUAACAGAAACAUGUACGACGAUGACCGUAGGGGGGGCGACAGUGAAAAGCUCUUGAAGCGCACAUUACAUGACGCUGAAGAAGGUCUGGAGCUGGGCAACGAUUGUGGUGCGCCACCCGUUUGGCUAGAUAAAUUAGAGGAGGCCCAAUAUACGAUAUCCAAGAUCAAACCGAAACUAGAUGAAUUAGGGUCGUUACAUGCAAGACAUUUACUGCGACCAACACUGGAUGACCGAUGUGAAGAAGAAGAAUUGAUCGAAGAAUUGAGCCAGGAGAUUUCGAAACUAAUCUGUUCGACGCACAGACACAUUCAAUGCAUACGGUCGAGUUUAGGAAAUGGCAACAAAAUCGAACAACGCCUUACCAAAAGUGUGGAAACUGCACUGUUAAACGCGCUUCAGGACAUCUCCACUCGAUACCGCACCAGCCAAAGCAAUUACUUGAAACAAUUGAAUUCACGUGAGGCCCGUUCCAACAUUUUCUUCGAAACGACCGAUUUUACUACAAUUGACCUGAAUGAUGACCCGCAGUCGGCACAGCUGAAUGAUGCCGUUGAAUCGUUUGACAAUUUCUUAAAACCGAAGCAAAACAACAAAAACUAUCUGAAUGAUACCGACGAACAGAUUGACGAAUAUUUCCAGAAGCCAGUGACAUCGCGAAUGACUCAACAACAGUUGCUGUUGUUUGAGGAGGAAAAUACAAAAAUGGCUGAGCAUCGCGAACAAGAAGUGACGAAAAUUGUCAAGUCAAUCGUCGACCUGAACGACAUCUUUAAGGAUUUAGCGAGCAUGGUGCAAGAACAGGGCACGGUACUGGAUCGUAUUGACUAUAAUGUUGAACAGACUCAAACGAGAGUCACUGAAGGCUAUAAGCAACUUCAAAAAGCUGAAAUGUACCAGCGAAAAAAUCGAAAGAUGUACUGCAUCAUGGUGCUGGCCGGUGUCACCCUAUUUAUGUUAAUUUUGUUGAUUUUCACCAAAUUCUAAAUACCCCAAAACGACUUCAUUUGUAAUCUAAUUAACUGAAAAAAUAUAUUUAUUCAAAGCCGUUCUGAUAUUCGGCUGGCUACCGAUCUCAAA